AUGCGUCUCACCUCCAUCCUUAUCGCAGCCCUCGGCUCCCUCGCGGCUGCCGCCGACCUCGGCAUCGAAGUAACGCACGCUGUCGAGUGCACCCGCAAGACCACCAACGGCGACGGAGUCGCCAUGCACUACCGCGGCACCCUGCAGUCCGACGGAUCCGAGUUCGAUUCCAGCUACAAGCGCCAAGCGCCAUUGACCUUUAAGCUGGGUACCGGUCGUGUUAUCAAGGGAUGGGACCAGGGUUUGCUGGACAUGUGCAUUGGUGAGAAGCGCACGCUGACUAUCCCGCCCGAGUUCGGCUACGGCGACCGCGGUAUCGGGCCUAUUCCCGGCGGUGCGACGUUGGUGUUUGAGACCGAGCUGGUCGGUAUUGAUGGUGUGAAGGAUGAGCUUUGA